UCAAGACUCCAAGUUCAACACUUCAACUAAUAAAGCCGAAGUGUUGUGACACUGACGAGCCUUAUCUCCUGGCUACUCUGCCUCCUGCUCGAGUGCACAUCAUCAAAAGGACUAAAAAAACUCAAAGUACUUCUUUUGCAAACACUAUUCCAAGUUCCAAACUCUCCACCUCUCAUAAUGGUUUUAAAUUUAAUGUUUAUUGCUUCUUCUCUGCAUUCACCAUCACCUUGCACCCUCUUCAGUUCCCACAAGCUUUGUUGGUCUUCGUUCAAAACCAUUUCAAAGCAAAGCCACGCAUUUCUCCAUAGAAACCCGUCUCUCCAGCGCCACUUGAGUUUGGGUUCCAAAAGGGUUCUUCCUUCAGUUUGCUUCUUUAACACUGAAGACAAAUCUGACUCCAAGGAAUCGGGAUGGCCUAUUCUCAGGCGAUGGGAGGUGCCUUGGGAAUGGCAAACAGUUUCAUUGACCUCUCUUGCCUGUGGAUUUGGUUUUGUGUUGGCAGGUUUGACUGAAGCAAUUGCCUUACCAUAUCUCGGGAUCAAACCUGAUGUGCUAAGUUUAGAUGACAAGGCAGAGAUACUCUUACUUGAUCAGAGCAUCACUACUGCUGUUGUACUUGGAAUCAUAUAUAGUGUUGCCAACACUUUCCAACCACUUCCUGAAGACUUCUUCAAAUAUGAUUUGAGGGAGCCUUUCAAUCUUCAAAAGGGUUGGCUUUUGUGGGCUGGAGUUGGACUUGCUGGUGCCAUACUUGCCAUUUCAUUGACCGGAGUUGCUGUGUCUUUCUUCAAUGGAGAAACCCCACAAAGAGAGACUGAUGCUCUUGUUCGCUUGCUUCCGUUAAUUGGAUCUUCAAAUCUCAGCACUGCCUGCUUGGUGGGCAUCACAGGUGUUCUUGCUCCACUCCUUGAGGAGACUGUAUUUCGAGGAUUUUUUAUGACUUCCCUCACUAAGUGGGUUCCUACGCCAGUUGCUGUUGUCAUUAGUGCUGCUUUGUUUGCCCUUGCACAUCUCACUCCUGGAGAAUUCCCCCAGUUGUUUGUUCUAGGGACUGCUUUGGGGUUUUCAUAUGCUCAAACUCACAACCUUCUCACUCCCAUCACUAUCCAUUCUUUUUGGAAUUCAGGAGUUAUAUUACUUCUUACUUUUCUGCAGCUUCAAGGGUACGAUAUCAGAGAAUUGUUGCAGGCAACUUGAUGGAAAAUUUUAUCCUUUGCAUGGAUGUGGAGCAUCAUGUACAGUAUAUAAUACAAAUCCAUUUCGUUGUUUAUCUGUGCUCCUUUCCCUGUUGUAAGACAUAAUCAGAUUGCUGUUUGGGACAGUGAAGUAAGUAAUAAUAAUUUACCACGACAGGUAAAAUAUGCUAUGCACUUUAAAAUUUUCAGCAGGCCCAGGUUGACAAGAACUAGGGCUUCAUUUGGAUAUCCAAUGUUGAACGGAGUAGAGGAGAACAAAACGGAAUAGAAUAAAAGUUAAAUUAGUUUAUUGGUUCUCUAAUUUA